AUUGAAUUGAAAACAGUUGUAUAAAUCUCUCUGAGUAAUCCAGGAGAGCAGAAAGGUGCUGUAUAAGAAUCAUUUACCAUUUAUUGUUAUCAUUAUUGUUAUUAUGCUCAUCUGAGAGGUCAGACAGUUCACAUCUCAGAUAAAUAAACUAUGUCUGACUAGACCUGAAAAUGUUCAUUCCUGCUAAGCUGAACUGUUAUAAUUCACAUUACUGACACAGGGGUUCUUCUUGUUUGCAGCAGGCUGACAGAUGAGGUCAGGCUGGAGCUUCUGUGGACUGUGAUGUUUGCAGACGACACUGUGAUCUGCAGUGAGAGCAGGGAGAAGGUGGAGGAGAGCCUGGAGAGGUGGAGGUCUGCUCUUAGAGACAAGACAAAUUAAAGUCAGUAGAAAGGAAACAGAAUUCAUCUGUGUGAAUGAGACGGAGACCAUUGCGAAGACAACCUUUGGCCAGCCUCAUCGCGAGCUCCUCCGCGCAGACUCCCUGCAUCCUAACGGGAGCAUCACUGCGCACCGACACAGAGACCGACGCAGCGAGCGGACGACACCUCCGUCAGCCGAUGUAUGAAGGCUUCCUUUCCCGGAUCAGCGGCUUGUUUUCGGUGAUUUUCUUCUCAGCCGUCGCUCCUCUAUGGAUGUGAAGUAAAAGCGGGCGGUAGUCAGUCGGUGUCCUCUCAUCUGUGCGCUCUUUCUCCCCGCUCGGUCAGGACCGCAUCCUGCCCCGAUCCACAAAAUGGCGGAUAUCAGCGAGCUGGGACCCGCCUACGCCAUGUCUCCGGUGCUGGCGGGCUUCCUGGGGGCUGGCGUUCUGGUUUUGGUCGUGGUGGUUCUGGUGCUGCUCUGGUCCUUCUGUCAGCGCCGUUACCUCCGAAUCUCCGGGCGCUACAAGCUGCACGGGGAUCGUUACUAUGACUCGGAGGAUCCGCCCUACAAGUUCAUCCACAUGCUAAAGGGGAUCAGCAUUUACCCAGAAUCCCUCAGCAGCAGCAAAAGGAUCGUGCGCGGCAUCCGGCGUGCCGACCGUUCUGACCGUGACGGAGAGCGAGGCUGCACCGCGGCGGGCACCGCCGGGAGGGGGAUGGUGCUUGUGGACGCUGAGAACAACAUCCUGGAUGUCCCCGGUCAGCUGCAGAUGAGUCACCUGGUCCCUCCCGCCGGCGCAGACGCCGCCCACGGCCAGGGUCGGCUGGAGCGGGCUUUACCGGUCCGCGCUGACUACUGCUGCCUGGACAGCAGCUCAGCCAGCAGCAGCCAGACCAGCAGUAAGACGGCGUCCCCCUUUACCCCCGCCUCCUCAGAGCCCGAGCCCGAGCCCAGCCUGGGCUCCAUCAGCCUCACCGUCGACUACAACUUCCCCAAGAAGGCUCUGGUAGUGACCAUCGUCGGCGCCCGGGGCCUCCCCGCCAUGGACGAGCAGGCGGGUAGUUCAGACCCCUACGUGAAGAUGACCAUCCUCCCCGAGAAGAAGCACCGCGUCAAGACCCGCGUCCUGAGGAAGACCCUGGACCCGCUGUUUGAUGAGACCUUCACUUUCUACGGCGUGGCCUACAGCUCGCUGCCUGAGCUCACCCUGCACUUCCUGGUCCUCAGCUUUGACCGCUUUGCCCGCGAUGACGUCAUCGGGGAGGCAGUGGUGCCGCUGAAGGGCGUGGACCCGAGCACGGGCCGAGUCCACCUGAGCCAGCAGAUCACCAAGAGGAACAUGCAGUGCGAGAGUCGUGGAGAGCUGCUGGCGUCUCUGUCCUACCAGCCGGUGUCUCAUCGCCUCAGCGUGGUCGUCCUGAAGGCUCGACACCUCCCCAAGAUGGACAUCACCGGCCUGUCAGCCAACCCCUAUGUGAAGGUGAACGUCUUCUACGGCCGUAAGCGCAUCGCCAAGAAGAAGACCCACGUGAAGAAGUGCACGCUAAACCCGGUCUUCAAUGAGUCCUUCAUCUACGACAUCCCGCCCGAGCUUCUGCCCGAGAUCUCCGUGGAGUUCCUGGUGGUCGACUUCGACCGGACCACCAAGAACGAGGUCCUGGGUCGCCUCCUGCUCGGCCUCCACAGCCCCUCCCCCUCUGGAGCCUCCCACUGGAGGGACGUGUGCGAAAACCCCCGCCGGCAGAUCUCCAAAUGGCACAACCUGAGCGAGUACUGAGGGAGGAGCACCGCCCGAAACCAGCCGACACCACCCACUGGCUGGGACUCCACCAGUGAAGCCACUGGGAAAUAAAGACUCAGUGUACAGCACAUACACACACACACACACAGACACACACAUACAUAAAACAACACAGUCACACUGUUGUGAUCAUAGGUAAACUCUCUCCCUCUAUUAUCUCUCUACCACAACUACAUCUGCAAGUAUAAGAAGAAUCCUGCAGCUCUUUACAGCCAAACAAACCAUGACGUCCAUCUCUAAGACUGUUCUCGUGUCUCCUCUGGCUGUCGAUGUGUGUCGACGGGGGAAGGAAUGCUCAAAUAUGAUUAAAAGAAAAAAAGAAAUGUGAGAAAAAAGAAAAAGCUCCCCCUCUUGCUGUUGUUGCCAUGCAGUUCAUUGCAUGUCCGUCUGAAAAUAAAAAAAAAUUCACUCCAAAUGAAGAGUUGAGAUCUGUGACAUCACCACGGCAGGAAGAAAUUUCAGCUCUGAUAGAAAAUAUGAUGAAAAUACUGCAUAUAAACUGAAACGCUGAAUAUAUCCAAGUAACGAUUACUCCUCUGGAGGACCAAACACUGCUGCAAAGAAUCGCUGCGACGCUCAGUCGAGGUUCCAUGUGCAGGAUAGUUGCUGUUGUCAGACAGCAGCGUGCUUCUGCCUGCAGAUCAUUUUCACCCGCCGCUCCUGCAGCAGAUCGUACGACCGCGCCCGACCCCGGAGGAAGUGCACUCGGCCUCGUUUCAACGGGGAUUCAGGACUGUCAGAACCUCCCGACUGACCCUAGAUCGUUUGAAAUCAGCUCCUGCUCUUGAAGACUGAAAGAUUAUGUAAAAUACUUGUUUGUAACAUGAAUGCAUUCCUCUAAUUUAGACUGCGAGUGACGCAGAGGGCGGCUGUGGUGCCCGAUGAUGUUUCAGCUGUUCUAUCUUCAGAACUAAAACUAAAAGAGAAGCUAGUUUACCACAGGAGUGCUGUGGUUACGAUGAUGAUAACACUUGCUUUAAAUGAUGGGAGGUAAAUAAGAACUUCAGGGCUUAAAACUGAAACUAAUGUGGAAGUGCUAAAACCUGCAGCUCCUCUAAACACUGUUCAGGCAGCUGGGGGACGAUUCAGAAAAGAAAACAACCAAAAUAAAGUCUGAAAACCUGAAAGGACAUUAAAAAGCAAUGAAAUCUGCAGCAUACAGCAGUUAAUGAAUAGAAUUCAGCUGAAAGUACAAAAAGUCUUUAUAGUUCGACUACCUCUUUGAUGCUAAAAGUAAACAGAAACAUCAGCUGUAGCUUUUGUUGCUCACGACUCUUGCUGGAAAACGCUGAAUAUCCUGAAAUCCAACAGUCCACAGAAAAGCACUUUACUGUCAUGUGACGAAAGUCCACCAAGUAAUGUGUGUAAGGGCUGUUCAGUACACGCAUUCAAAACUAAUUAAGGCUUGUUUAUAAAAGACUGAAUCAGCGUUUUGACACAGUCAUUGUUGAUUUAUUGAGGUCUUUAAAAGCUCUGAUGGCAGACGUCCACUCCAAAGGUCAGACUUCCAUCUUCCAUCUUGGACAUAAAAGUUGGAUGUAGGUUACCGUGACAUCAGCUUUUGGUCCCUGUGAAAUCGAGGGAACUGAACACUCCUGCUUUUUAACUCUCAUAAAAAAAUGACAUCAUGCUGUGUUCAUAAAGACCUAAACUGUCAGGUGAAAUGAUAAAUUCAUCAUAAAGGUGAUAACAAGUAGGAUUUCAUUUCCUCAGUUCUUUCAGACUUCAGCUGCCCCCUGCUGGUCAGUAGAGGGAACUGCUUCCACAUUGGGUUCACUUUUCAGACUCUGAACUUAUGUUCGUCUUCUGUAUCCAGUCUUUAUUUCUGCUGAUUAGGCUCCACCUUCUCGUCUAAAUAUGGUCAUCCUGGCACUGAACGCCAAUGCUAACGAUGGGAUGUGAAACAUGCUCGGCGACCACGGCAGCGCUCCUCUGCUUCACUGCGCUGGUCUCAUUUUGUACAUUUCCCUCUCCUCCAUCACACCGAGACUCUGAUUUGCACUGCUUUGUAAAGCGUAUCUCUCCCUCUGUGAAUGUUCCCCUGCAGCCAGCUGGUGGCGCUGUUUUAUAUUACUUUGUUCCUACAAGCCCAGUGAAUGUGUCUGAGGUGACGUUGGACUUUGGCUUCAUGUUUUCUUACUGACGAGUUUGUUUGAGUGAUGACACACUGUGAGUUUAGUCUUGAAAGCACAUUUUAACCCCAGUUUAACUUUAACCUUGAAUCUGCUCAACAGCUUGCUUACUAGUGCAGAGAGUAAUAACGUUUGUGUAAGUUUCACUUUGAAUCAUAGAGAGGUGAAGAAAACACGCCACCUGAAGCCGGAUCUCCAUCGACGCCCUCGGAUUCAAACUGUGACCUGCUGGCGGACGGACGGACAGACUGAGUGUACAUUUGUACAGAUGUGAAGAUGUUUGCUGGUUUCCUUCCUGUCCGAUGUUCUCAGAGCUUUAGUGUGUUUGAGCGCCCCCUGCUGUAGACCUGGAUGCUAACCUCUGUGUUGGGUUUGUUAACACUCAUUGGACGUACAAAUAAAAACAAGUUAUCCAUGA